GAGCACGUAGCAACCGCUUUCACCUCAACACAUGUGGAUAAACUUUUUCCCUCACUUAGUGCUGUGUAGCCAUACAAACAAUUGAUUCUGGUUAGUGACUGAUAAUGGGUUUGGAGUGUACCGUGGAAAGGGAACUGUAGAUCAGCGCAGACGCAUCGCGGCUGUCUUGCUGAACAAGUAACAUAAUGUUCUCCCUAUGUCGAAAAUAUAAAGAUGAACAUGAACACGGCGGCACACAAGUCAAGGGAGGCUAUAUGCUACGAUAUAAACGAAAAUACCUAUGGAAUUCGUGGUCGGAAGAAUGGGUGGUCCUUUACGACGACUCUACAAUGGCCUGGUUCAAGGACGCAUCCGGCAAAUGUCUUGCAACUCAAAAACAUCUCGUAAAGGAGAGUCCGGAAAUGUUGGCCAUAUCAACAUGGACAGGUCAGGUGCCAAAGCGGCCGGCCCUGCCGCCUGGUGCCAAACUGUCCCAGCUGAUGGCACUUGGUUCUAGAAGAGACCCUGGACAUGUGGUCUGGAUGUUGGCGAAAUCUGACGCCGAAAUGAGGGAGUGGGUGGCUGCGAUAUCUAAAACGCUGCCGCCUCCGCCACACAUCGAGCUGGUGAUGUCAAUGCCCUACCUCCGCACUGCCUUCAAGAAGCCAACUGUUAGAGUCAGACCGACGUCAUCAGAAAUGUACACGAGGAGUACCCGAAGUGCGCUGAGUGCGCUUGAGGGACGCGGUCUGGUGGCGGUGAUCAAGCGACAAGUGCCGCUGGCGGGACAGCUCGAGCACGAGCUGGCGUGGGGCCAAGGCUGGGGCUGGGUGACGCUGCCCAACGGCGUGUGGAGUGGACCGUUGGCGGGACAGCUCGGGCACGAGCUAGCAUGGGGCCAGGGCUGGGGCUGGGCGACGCAGCCCAAUGGUGUGUGGAAUGGCCGUCUGAUGUGGUCGCAGGAGGGCGAGGACUUUGCACUCCACGCGAUGCCCAUCAUGCACCACACCAACGUGUCCCAGGCGUGUUCCAUGCUGGACGGCGUGACAGCGUACGAGGCCGCGGCGUACGAACAGGCCCUCGCUGAGUAUGAUGACACCGCCACCACAUCUGAUGACUGGGACUUCGGCGUUGACUGUGGUGACUUCAUGAUGUAAACAAUGGAAAGUAGAGACUUAUUUAAAGAACAGAUUGUUCUAAAGUCUCUUGCAACUAAGAUCAAUUAUUAUUAGGAAAA